AUGCCACUGUCCGAUCUGUGGGCAAACGAUGCAGCGAGCAGUAGCAGCAGCAGUGAGGACCGCGCCAGCCGAUCGUGCAAUCGUGAAGAGUCGGAAGAAUCAAAUGCCGUGGGUGCGAGGGAUGGCAAUGAACUGGCCAAACUCAAACGACAGCAGCAGACUGCCAAGGCCCGGGUCAGUUCGCUGUUGAGUCGUCAGCGGAAGAAGAUACUUGAUGAGAUUCCGAUGCAGUGUGACAAUGAUCGAACUGCAGAUUUCCAGCACACGUAUUUUUCCAGCAGGCUCUCAUCUCGCACCCUUUGGUGGAACCCUUUAGAAGCUGUGCGGCAGUCCGAAUGGACAGCCAAGGACAGGCGUCGUGCCGUUUGGUUGUAUUUCUCCAGCUUUGCAUCUGCAGUGCGACGAUUAUUCCUCGGUCAUGCUUCGGAGAACGACAGCACGGGCCAAGAAAGGCAGGCAGCUGAUGCUGACGCUGCUGAGGGCAUCACUCCUUUUUCACUUGUGCUAUCAUUGAAUGUAGCCGAUGAUACCAAUAUCAAAAUGGGAGAUGGUCAGCGUGGGUCGUCGGAUAUACGAAGCAUACUGUCCAACAUUCAGCACCACAUUGUCUUCCGGGAUCAUGCAGCUGCUGACUCCUCUCCGACAUGGUUUUUUGUGCACCAGCCCAUCGUAUCUCUGGCACGUGCCAAUGCGCAAACCAUGUGUGAAGAAUUUCGAUCGUGGCUUCUCAGCUUUUGUGGUAUUGCGGGCCAGCGAUGGCAGAAGUGGGGCAUCCUUCAACGCCUUUUCAGAUUCGUGAAAAGUCAUAUCUUGAUUUUCAUCUCGGACGCCUUGAAGGCAAACGAUGCCUUGUUCCGUGCCCUGGCCAAGAAAACUGUCGAUGCCAGCAAAGAGCCGUGCGAGAGGCAACCCUCAGCCACCCUGGUGAUGCAUGUGCACUGCUUGGUUCACCAGGCUGCGCUGGUAAGGAGAACACUGGCUCUGGGCAUUCCUGGGUUUUGGUCCAAUCUUGUACGGCUGGGGCACCUUUUCGAGUCGCACAAUUUUCGGCAGCGCUUCCAGGCGGCCAUGUCGAAAGUGAUCUGUGAUUCCUUCGAUUUCGUGGUGUGCGAGCCUCCGGAGGAAGCUGAGGUCUGGAGACAGCUCACAAUAAAGCAUUUACGAUUACAUUCGGAUCAUGGUCACACUGGAGGACUCAGGGCCGGGACGGUUUCCAGGCGCAUGAAAGCCAUCCAUCGCCACAUGCUCAAAGACAACGGCAACCCGAGAGGUGACAGGAUAGUUCAUUUCUGCAGUGGUCCGUCUUGUUGUGCAAGCAAAGAGCAAGCAUUGACUAGUUUGCUUGCGUCUUUUGGCGAGAUGUUUGCAUACAUGGGUGUGCCUCUACUUUAUCGAUGGAAGCACUGUACAGAGGCGUGCAACUUUGUUCGGGACGGUCAAUCGGACAAAAUUCUGGAAGCGAUCGAUGCCUUGCGGCAAGCAGCAGAGACUGAAGCCGACACCACAGAGCUGUCACAGAGGCUUUCAAAACAGCUGACUUUGGAAACAACAAUUUGUGUUGUGGAUUUCCUCCUGCAGCCACUUGAUGCCAUCACCAACAAGAUGCUUCGCAGGACAACGAUCUUGAAAAAGUUGCGUUAUGGAGACAUCCAGAAUGGUGAAACGCUUCAAGAUCUCAAAACAGCUUCUGCAGCGACGUUUAUGGAUUGGGCCACUGGGGAGCUGGGCAAUCAGACGCUUAGAGCGUUUCUUCGCAACCUACAGGAUGAAGAUCUGGCGAAGUAUUGCCGUCAAUUUUCGGGUGCGAGCACAGACAUGAAUAAAACAUGCUUCCAGCUGACUGUGUUCGGUUUGAGCGACACAUGGAGACGCUUCUGCUUGCCAUCAACAUGUUUUCCAUGGACUUUGUUUCAGCUGGCCUCUGCAAGCGAAGCGGAUUUCUGUUCUCUGUGUGCCGAAGGCUGUAAGGUCCUUGACCGCUGCCCUCGAUGUGUGGACCCAGCAUUCUCUGCUCUCAUAUUAUCUCAGGCCGCAGAUCUGCAAAGUUUAGACAGCGUUCAACGGGCCGCACUUGUUCAAGAUGUGCAGAAUAAGUUGCAUGCCAUUUCUGUGUUCUGCACCCUUGCUUCAGACACAGUGGAAAACUUACACGGGCAGAACCAGUUCAACCUACACUCGUGGCGGGGCAAAUCCAAGGCAACACCAGCUGCAGCUGAGACUUCGGUGCUGAAAAUGUUGGCUUCGGAACAUGCUUUCGGAAAGUCUCUCGUACAUGGUCUUGUGAUGCCCGCAAAGAGCAGGGUUGCCCAAAUGAUGAGAAGGAUUGGCGUCCGCAAGCGGCCUGCUGAUGGGCAGAACUUGAAUCACAAGCAGAGACUUUACAAAGCCGGGCAAAGAAAACAAAGGGAAAUCAGCCCGUGGAAUGUGUACUUGCGAGAGAACCUGCGAAAGUGCAAGAAGAAACUCAAGAAGGACGAGUACGGCCGUCGGGUCCAGUGUUGGGGCAGACAGUGGCACCGUCUGCCACAAGAAGAGUGGCAGAAUUUCAAGAUUCAAGCCGAGUACGAACAGAGGUGCCGUGAGGAGUUGGCCACACGUCCGCUGCAGGCAGGAAAUGGAGCUGCUGCAACGACUUCCACCUCGGCAGGCGACCUUCGCCCGCCCCCAGAUGCCCAAACAACAGAGCAUCUCGAGAUCACGGCAGGUGAGCGGUUUCGCAAGCUGGUGUCAGCAAGACGAUUGGCGCAAAGCAACGAGUCCCAGGGGCAACAUGGCUUUUGGCAGUCCUACGGCUUGGGGCUGCAAGACAAGGAUGGAGCAAUCGCUCGAAAUCGCAUUGAGUUCGACACGACCCAGGAAACCGUGGAUGCCGCCGUGCAUGCUGGCCUGCAUGCCAACUUGGAAGCCGAACCAGAGCCCGAGGACACAGGGCCAGCUGAGCUGGGAUGCAAGAAGCUGUAUGGCUACUGUGCAACCAAGGAACCUUUCCACGAGAGGGCCCUGACGCUGGCUCGUGCGUUUGCAAAGUUCACCACUGACCGUUGCCUUUCCUCGGGAACCUUGGUCAAGUUGCGGCCAGUGCUCCCCACGACUCGUCAAGGAUCUGCUGUUGAAAGUGAAGAGAGCUUGGAGAGAUUUUUCUUUCUGGGUGUUCACUGCCGCAGGCCAUUGCUGCAAGUUUUUGUGACAGCCUGGCCCAGCGCACCGCAACCGGAGGUGUCAGGACAUCCCAAGAAGUUCUCUUUGAUAAGGCCGCGUGUCGGUGCACUUCCUGACGAAGCUUUGCAUGCGUUGCCUUCGUUUGCGACCUGCUACGAGGUGUUUCGAUUGCUUGCAGCACAGUGCAAUGGAAAGUUGGACACAGUAUCAGUCGAUAUUUUCGAUUAUGUCUUCGAGAAUGGAUUGUGGGACAUUGAGCGGCUGGAAGUAACUGUGGUUAGCAGCUCAGGUGCUCUUGAUUUGCCCAUAUCGGUGAAGGCCCCUGCUAAGCAGAAAGUUGAGCUGCCCUUUGGACUCAAGCCUGCCGUCAAAAAAAGGAAAUCACGACAGAGACCUUCUGCUAAGCCCAAAAGCAGAAGCAAGGCCAAGGCCAAGGCCACGGGUCGGGGUGGCCGCAGCAGGGGCAGGCAUCCUUCCACUUCAAGUUCGUCGAGCUCUUCAUCGGAUGGCUCUGAUGCCAGCUCUUCCGAUUCUUCUAGCAGCGACAGCAGCGAUGAUGACGACUCCGACGACGAAAAAGAAGGCAGCGAAUUUGCCAAUGAUGCUGCAGACACAUCAGUUGCCAUGCCAAAUGCAGCCGCUGCACAUGAAGCUGUUUCUUUGCAAGAAGCAGCGACUGAGUUUCGUGCUUUCGAGCAGAGAAGGGCAGAGCUUGCUGAGGGUUACAGAACUGGCGGCCGCACUGGAUCAUAUUUUGUGCGGGAGAUUGGUUUUGACGAGGGUUCCGUAGCACCUACCUACUGCCAGGAGUGUCUGCUAUCACUGCAAUGCGAAGAUCGACAAAGGCGCCAGCAGAUUUUCUUAUUUUUGGAGUGA